GAGGGAUACUCUUUUAUAAUGGAUGAAGCAGAAACCGUUUCAAAAUGCACCUGGGCAGCCGAUGCAGAUCCUGAAACUUCACCACAUAUCAAAAUUGACUGGAAAAAUGAAGAUAAGGUUCAUAAUUGUGUGACACGCUUAGUAGGAAAUACACCAAUAAUAAAACUGAACAAAAUACCAGAAUCAGCAGGAAUUCAGUGUGAAAUGUAUGUUAAAUGUGAAUACAUGAAUCCCGGUGGUUCAGAAAAAGACCGUUUCGCUGUCAGAGCCAUACAAGAAGCUGAAAGAACAAAAACUCUUAAACCUGGCGACACAAUAAUCGCCCCAUCAUUAGGCAAUACAGCAGUAUCUAUGGCAUUGGUGGCAGCAAUAAAAGGCUAUCCAAUAAAAAUUGUUACUCCAGACGACAUAAUAGAAUACAGAGAGAUCACUUUGAAUUUGCUGGGAGCGGACAUAAUUAAAGUUUCGAAAAAUACAAAUCCCAAUUCCAAGACCGGCCUUUUUGGAGUUUGCGAAACGUUGAGCUGCGAAAUUCCACAUGCAGUCAUAUUAAACCCGUAUACAAGUCCUGACAAUCCAUUAUGUCAUUACGAUGGUACAGCAGAAGAAAUUUUAGAUGCUUUUGAAGGGAGUGUGGACAUGCUGGUGGUUAACUGUAGAAGCGGAGGCAUAAUCACAGGCAUCGGCAGAAAGAUUAGAGAAAAAUGCCCAAAUUGCAUAAUGGUGGGCAUCAAUUCCGUAACAAGCAGCGAGGCGGAACAGGCACCAACAAAUGACGACAAAACUAGUUUGGAUUAUUCUUAUUCGGAUAGCGGCAGCGCAAACCCUGAGUUUCUACCUAUGAUGCUUGAUCAGUCUGUUAUUGAUAAAUGGAUUAAAAGCGAUAAAAAUGAGGGUUUUAAGAUGGCCAGAAGGCUUAUCGCAGAUGAAGGGAUAUUUUGUGGUGUGUAUAGUGGAAUGGCUGUAUGUGUGGCAUUAAACGAAGCGAAAACUCUUAGUGCAAGCAACAAAUGCGUGAUUAUUUUACCGGAUAACAUAAGAGAUUACUUACAAAUGUUUGUUAACGACAGCUGGCUUCAAGUUAAGAAUAUAGAACCUUGCAGUAAUCCGGGAGAUUACUGGUGGUGGGAUGUUAAUAUAUCGGAAUUACGUCUAAAACCUCUUCAAAUUGCUGAAGAUUCCAUGUCUUGUCACAGCGUUAUGCACAUUAUGAGAAAAUACAGAAUCAAACAAGUCCCGAUAAUAAACAAACACAAUUCGUUGGUCGGUGCGGUCACAUUUUCGGGCAUAAUUAAUAAAAUAUUAUCGGGAGAAGUUCACUCUAAGGAUCCGGUUGGUAAAUGCGUAACCGAUUAUAAUGGCAUCGAAGAAGGAGAUAGUGCAACUUUGGGGUUGGCAAUGCGUACAUUGGAAUUGCAGCCUAAUGCCAUUAUUUAUCAAAUUGCUAGUAGUGAAGUUGGAAUUAUAAAAAAGGUAACUGGGUUGGUGAAAUACAUUGAUAUUUUAUUGUAUAUACAAGCUAAUGACCCAAAAAAGGUUUGAGAAAAAAUGUUUGUAUCCCUUACGCAAAUAAAAUUUUAGUAACAUUUAUCAGGUUUAUUUAUUCCGUUUCAUUCCAUCCCAUUAGUAAAUUGUAAAAAGAUUUAAAAAAAAAUAAAAAGAACCAAAAUAGGAGGAAAAAAGUCGAUUUUCCAAAUCACAGUGAAUAAUGCAAUCAGCCAAUC